CAAAUCUCUGCGGCAGAGGAGACACCGAGCCCACCCCCGCGGCUCCGGGCCCCGCGGUGCUAGCGCCCCAGGUCUGCCACGGACCCCCUGAGAGACCGGGGAGCCGCUGCUUCCUUGCCUGACAACAUGGCCACACUACCGGCUCUCCUCUCCCAGGGUCGCUGGGAGCUGCAGGUCUGGGUGCUUGGGAAGGCUGUGGCCACGGCGGCCCUCUGCGCAGCCGCACAUUAGCUCCCUAAGGGGUUGUGGGGUGGGGUUGCCACUGGGAUGCGUGCAUGGUCACCUUCCUGCCUCUGUCCUUUCUCCACGGCCCAUGGGGCUGCGAGGGGAGGAGGCUGGACAGGCCUGGGUCCACACCGCCUGGUUUCCCAUCCCCCUGCCGAUCUGGGCGGUUAGCCAGCCCACUUCAACUCUCGGAACCAUGUUUGCAGACUUGGAUUAUGACAUCGAGGAGGAUAAACUCGGAAUCCCUACAGUGCCCGGGAAGGUGACGCUGCAGAAGGAUGCCCAGAACCUGAUUGGGAUCAGCAUUGGCGGCGGGGCCCAGUACUGUCCCUGCCUCUACAUUGUCCAGGUAUUCGACAAUACCCCUGCAGCCCUGGACGGCACGGUGGCGGCUGGCGACGAGAUCACUGGCGUCAAUGGCAGGUCAAUCAAAGGAAAAACGAAGGUGGAGGUGGCCAAGAUGAUCCAGGAAGUGAAGGGGGAAGUGACGAUUCACUACAACAAGCUGCAGGCGGACCCCAAGCAGGGCAUGUCUCUGGACAUCGUACUGAAGAAGGUGAAGCACCGGCUGGUGGAGAACAUGAGUUCGGGGACCGCAGAUGCCCUGGGCCUGAGCCGGGCCAUUCUGUGCAAUGAUGGCCUGGUCAAGAGACUGGAGGAGCUGGAGCGGACUGCGGAGCUGUAUAAAGGGAUGACGGAGCACACCAAGAACCUCCUCCGGGCCUUUUAUGAGCUGUCGCAGACACAUCGGGCCUUUGGGGACGUGUUCUCCGUGAUUGGGGUGCGGGAGCCCCAGCCAGCAGCCAGCGAGGCUUUUGUGAAGUUCGCCGACGCCCACCGCAGCAUCGAGAAGUUCGGCAUCCGGCUGCUGAAGACCAUCACGCCGAUGCUGACUGACCUGAACACGUACCUCAACAAAGCCAUCCCGGACACCCGCCUCACCAUCAAGAAGUACCUGGACGUGAAGUUUGAGUACCUGUCAUACUGCCUGAAGGUGAAGGAGAUGGACGACGAGGAGUACAGCUGCGUGGUGAGUGUCGCGGCCGGGCGGCCGGGUGCCGCCUGCCUCUCAGAGCUCAGGAUACCUCGGGUCGCCGGGGCGCCAGGUGGGCGAGGCCGGUCUGGAAGAGGCGCGGGGCUUGGCGGGUUCUGGAGAGUCGGGGCUGUCCCGCUCCCCCGGGCCUCGGAGCUGGUGGCUGCCACAGGAUGCCCCGUGCCUGCUCCCAGACCAGCUGCCCCCCUUGGGAGGCUUUUGCUGGCAAGAACUUGCCCCACUCCUGGGAGUGAGGUACUUUUUAUUGUUUUAAUUUUUUCUCUCCCCCGCCCCACGGAGCAGGGUCGCCGCCCUGGCCCUGCCUCCCAGGGCGGGCGAGGCCCAGGCCGCUCGGAGCCCCCGCUCCGCGGCCCACGGUCCCCGCCUCCCACCCCAGUGCAGGACAUCGUGUUCCAGCUGCAGCGCUUCGUGUCCACCAUGUCCAAGUACUACAACGACUGCUACGCGGUGCUGCGUGACGCCGACGUCUUCCCCAUCGAGGUGGACCUGGCCCACACCACCCUGGCCUACGGCCUCGGCCAGGAGGAGCUCACCGACGGGGAGGACGACGAGGACGAGGAGGACGCGGCCGCGGGGCAGCCGGGCAGAGAGGCGCAGGGGGCCGCCGGGCCCCUGGACAAGGGGGGAAGCUGGUGCGACUCCUGAGUGCCGAGGGGUGCAGACCCGGGGUCGGCGACGGGCCGCAUAAAGAAGGCCUGCUGGCUCGGGGCGCCGCCUCCUGCUCCUCUGUCCUAGCAGCGCCCCUGCUCCCGCCCCGAAGGGCACCGGGCCGCGGCCUGGGAUCUGGACACUGGCCCCUCACCUCCCUGCCCACCUCAGGCGCGGUGGAGAGCUGGUCUCUAGGCCUGCCUUAGGAAGGAGGCGGAGGGCAGGGAGGAGGAGGGCUGGAGGUGGCGGGAGCCCAGGACCUGUUGCUCACGGCCCCGCGGCUGGCCCCACCUGGAGCAUCGGGGAGCGGGCGGCCGGGGGUGCACGGCCGAGGCUGGGCCCAGUGUCUCGUGUGCACCCCGGCCUCGGCCCGGGCAGGCCCCACCCGUCCACACUCACACCUCGGCGGCCUUUAUUUAUUUUAUUCCCCCGGCUCAGCCGCUUCCCCGGGGAGGGCUGGGCCCUGGGCCUGUAUUGAAUAAACGCAAACCAGAAGGAG